AUGAGGCUCAUCCCUAGAGACACGAGUCUCAAUGCAGUUGCAAGCGUUCUUUCCCUCGCAGCGGCCAACUACAAGCCCAUCCCGCAGCUCCCGACUGCCAAACAAACCAGUUCGAUCUCCCACUUCACCACGGACGGUCAAAAUGCGAUGAACAUCAAGCCCAACACUUUUCAGAUCCAAGAUUCAGACUCGACGACUGACUGGAAUGCUACACACGAGUCAUCUGAGUGGGGUGUGCCCUCCACACUCUACGUUCCAGUCGAGUCUCAAAACCAGACCGAUUCAGGUCGAAAGCUCGCCUCCUUGCCAAAGGUUGGCCCAGGCGGUUGCCCUUUCUCCACUGGCUACACCCCUGUUGGUGGAUGGGAAAAGCUACCUCCCCCUACCUUCCCCAAUUUCGAUCCCGUCAAAGCCACCAUCAUGCGCUAUCGUCAGCAGCAGGGUGUCAACCUUGGUGCUUGGUUCGUGCAGGAAGGCUGGAUGGAAGGUGGUUUCAUGUCCUGCGCUACUGGAACCAAGCAGGCUGAGUUCGAUAUCCUUGAUGGUUUCGGCACCUCCAAGGAUGGUCUCAUGUCUGCUCGAGCUUACAUGGAGCAGCGAUGGGACACUUGGAUCACGGAAGACGACUUCCGCAAUCUAGCUGCUAUGGGCAUCAACACUGUUCGAAUACCCAUCGGCUAUUGGUCAGCUGGCCCCUACUUCACUCAUUACAGCCCUUUUGAUCAGUACAAAUCGGUGUACGAGUUCAGCUGGAGGUACAUCGCGCGUGCCAUCAACUGGGCAGCAAAAUACGAUAUCGGUGUCAUUGUCGACCUUCACGGAGCGUAUGGCUCUCAGAAUGGUCAGGCCCACUCCGGUCUCAACGAUGGUAAUAUUCAAUGGUACAACACCUGGAACCAGGAUCUGACUACCGAGCUGCUCGUCUGGAUCGCUAAGGAGACCUCGGAUAUAACCAACGUUGUUGGUAUCCAGCUCCUCAACGAACCCCAAAACCGUGAUAGCUACUGGAAGUGGCUCCCCACCGCCAUGGACGCCAUGCGAGCCGCUUCCCCGUAUGCCAAAACCAUCCCGCUCUACUUCCACGACGCAUUCGUCCUCGAGAAAGGCGUAGCUUUCGUCUCCAAGCGUAAGGACUUUGUCAUCUCGGACCACCACGCAUACUACGUCUAUACUCCCUCGGACCAAGCCCUUUCCGCUCAAGGUCACAUCUCCAAACUCGACAGCUCUAUCUCCAACCAGUUUGAACAGCAAUCUUCCAUCGCUCGUCGUAACCUCAUCGUUGGUGAAUGGUCCUGCGACCUCGCAUGGAGCUCCAUCCAGGACAGCAAGAGCCCGGUUCAAGACCAGACUGAAUUCUGCCAGACCCAACAAGAUAUCUGUGCCUCUAAGAAGUUCCUCGCUGGAAACUUUUCGUCCUGGGGUAUUCCGAUGUCUAUGCUUUCCUCGGCUAAUGCUGGUAACGUGACAGUGGAUAAGGUUUCGGCUUUGUCGUCAAUCCGAACCUCAAUCAGUCGUGUUCGUCUUCCAACUGCUCGCUCUGCUCUGAAGUCCGCCAACAGCUUCCUUUCCAUAGACGACGAGGACGAGGAAGACGACGGCGAUGACAUCAGCAAAGUCGGUCCCAACGGUUUCGGUCGUUCCCUCUUCACCCCUGCCGAGUCUCAACAGGUAGUCGAACGCGGUAUUGGAGGAUAUACAACUUUCGCGGCUCGACAAGCUCAACAAGACCGCGUAGCUGCAACAAACGUAACCGUUGGAAGCCGUGGAUUUUCAGACGGCUUCUACACAUCGCGCAUCCUCGCUGCUUCCACCGACUUUCUCUCUCGUCUCGGAUUCGGCACUCAAUACCAGAUUGACACUUUCCAAGCUUACGUCGAUGCAGGUCGUUUCAAGGCGAGCGAUCAGGCUGCUUACAACGCUCAGUUCGCUGCUGGUGUCAAGGCUGCCGAAGGGGCUAUCACUAACAUCGUUUCGAGCUUUUCGAAAAAGGCUUAA